AUGGCCGCCUUCUUCAUCUUGAGGAGAGAAGCCGGUAGCUUGACACAGACUUUCCGCAGUCUCUUGGCAUGUCAGUCUGGUCAACACUUCACAUCUACCAAAGUAAUACUGAGCAGUCAUGGGGUCAAAAUUUGUGUCCAUCCUUGUCGCAGAAGCCUGGCAUCUUUGAGGAGAGGCGUGGCCAGUAAAGCAGGGGUGGGGCAGGGAGAAGAGGAAGGUGGAGCUCCAGAAACCAGUCAGAAACUACAACCUGCUUUAGAUCUGCCCUCUGAAAUUGACUUAUAUAGAGAGAGGUAUAUUCCCAUAACACGGAGGUCCCUUAUAAGAGAGUUGGUUGAAGAGAAAAAUUUCUUGUUAGAAAAUGAGCAGAAAAAGUUUGAAGACUUUGCCCUGGCAUUGGAUAGUGCCAUAGUGAACAAAUACCAUGGCAUCUUGCAAGAGUUGAAGUUUCUCUUUGACCCAAUUAACCCAGACAAAGAUACAAUCCAGACAAGAAAAUGGACCCGCCGUGAACGACUGGACAACGAAUUCUGGCUAAUUCAAAGACUGGAGGACAUCAUGGAAAAGGCAAACUUUCAUGAGCUACCUAAAUCUGUCAUUAGCCAGGCUUUGGAUGAGCAUGAGGCCAGAGAAGGUGUGAGGGUUAGUGUGGACAUGGACAAAUACGAUAUACUACGCUUCUGGGCUUUAGGCAAAGAAACACCACCUGUAUCAACUCCCUUCAUGCAGCGAAUAAUGAACAGGAUCCGUGGUCAAGCCCCUACACCAUUAACAUACUACAAACGAGUGGUGGUUGCUGUCCGUUUAAAAAAGGACCAAAAACUUAUUCUCAAGUCUUUCAAGGAAGUCCCUGUAAAUGCUUUAGAAAUGUUGCUUCCAGAUGGAAAAGUGACUAUGAGUAGCUUGGACAAAGGUGUCAUCACCACCUCGGCUGCUAUUGCUUUCGCCGGAAUCCUGGCCAAAAUCGUCACUGCUUUAGCCGACCUUAAUGUGGACUGGACAUUGGUGUUCACUGUGUCACAGGUUUUGUGGGCAUUCGCUCCUGGACUCUACAAGAAUCGACGCAAUGCCUACAUGGUGGAUCUGUCCAGGAUGCUGUAUUUCAAGAACAUUGCCAACAAUCGAGGUCUGCUGACGUUGUUAGUGGAUCGGGCUGAGGAUGAGUUCAAGGAGGCGUUGUUGGUGUACUCAUUUCUCCUCACCCAGAGACCGCCUUCAGUCAGACUCAAAGGUAACCCUGACUUUUAUUUGUGUUUGAUGUUGUUUGCAGGUGGAAUCACUGAAAUACAGCUGGAGAAGCACAUAGAGAAAUGGGUAGAAGAAAGGACAAAAGUUUCUAUUGAUUUCGAUUCUUCUGAAGCUAUCAAACUGUUGAAAGGGUUUGGUAUAUUGAGUGAACACGGUGACAAACUUCACGUGCUCUCCAUGGAGGCGGCCAUGAGGCAUCUGCCCCAGCAGCCACAGUCGCUGGUUGCCAGGGCGAUGGACGCAGAUAUUGCUGAAGGUUUUGACAGGGACGAGUAUGCGGAAACGGAAGAGGAGUACAAAGAGGAGGAAAAGAAAUCGCGACGGUUUGGUUGGUUUUAGUGAUGUCGCAACUUAGGAGAGUUUAAAAUAAAGUGAAGUGACUUAAUAGCUAAUUAUGAUGCAAAUUUCUCCACUGGCAAAGAACAUUUCCAGGAGACAGAACCGGGGAGCCAUGGGAGUUGUGCGGAUUUGUUUACAGACUUUAUAGUGACUGUACAUAUUUUGUCCUGCUGUUCUGCUUUCUACAAAGUGCUAAUUAAGAACUCUAUUUGACUGGAAAUAGGCCGUUUUUAAUAAAGUGAAGGAAAAUUAACAAUAAGUGAUUCGGUUGAAAGACCACUGAAACUACCUGUAAUGAAGUAAAAGUGCAGUGAGAGAAUUUAGCUCUGGUGUUAAAGAACCAUGUUGAUUAAGAUCACAAAAUUGAUUGUCUGCUUCUUAUUUCUGAGGAGAAGUCAUCCCCUUUGGACGGAAUUUUCAUCCCGUAUACCAAGAUAAUACACAUACACAUAAACUAUUAUAUUUUUUACUGAUCUCUGACUUUAUAUAUGGUAAAGCGUGAAAAAAGACCUAUAGUAGCCCACCUUAUUUCAAACAUUUGGUCGCAUUUUAUUGUCAAAAAGAUUAAAAAGAAAAUUUGUUUUGGAAAUAGAUUUCAUAGGUCUUUCACUGAUGAUUACUUUAUACUUCAAUUUUAGUAUUCUCUCACUUUUCACUUCAGAUUGAUGUUGCACAUGACACUCUUCUGUGUGAGGAGAUAGGUUGUGGCAAGCCAAUCAAAUGUACUGAAAAAAUAACACAGGUACAUGUUAAAUCUGCUAGCCUCUGCUGACAACAAUAUGUCCUUCCCAUGCCGAACCAGUCCAGUAGCUUGUUUAUUUAUGCCAGAAGUUGCAUGGAAGUAUAAAUAUUGCAUACUUUCAAAGAGCCUUACAAGCUUUUGCAGCGAUAGUCAGGGAAUACACGAGUGUAGAUUUUAUAUCUGACAUUGAAACAAUUUACUCUGGCGUUUUCACUGAUCUCGAGAUAGUUGUUUCAGGGUCAGAAAUUAAAGAGACUUUACAUGUAGUCCUGACAUUUGUUUGUCACACUUUACGUAGCAUAUUGUAUUUAAGACCAUUCACUAGACAUCUAUGUUCAUCCUUGAUUUGGACGCAAAGAUAAAGGGGGAUAAUCACCAUUGCCUUGGGACUAAUUACCUCCCUUACCAUCAAUUCUGUUCCAUUCAAGCAGUGCAUUAUUGGAACCACAAAUAACUGACCUGGUGCUUUGUACUGAUCUCGAAUUUUCUUUCCCAACACCCUGAAAUAAUACUUCUGGCUUCCUACAUGUCCACGAACAUUUACUUUCUACAGGGUG